GGAACACCGUCGUUCCACACAGAUCACGUACGAGAUUCGUCAGUUUCUCUUGAAGCGAAGGUUUUUAACGAAACAGGAUGUCUCUAAUAAGGCGCCGUUACUCACGGAAUUGAGCUGUUAAGAUGACGCGAAAGAAGCAGGCACAUCCUAGACACAUUGAACUAGAUGAAGAUAUCAUUGAAAUUCUACACAAUGGGGAUUCAAGCGGAGACGACAGAGAUGAGCACGUUUGUGGGAAUUGUCAAAGUGGCUUUAUGGAGCUUGAAGAUUUCCUUACACACAAGAAAACAUGCGUAACAAAACGACUAAUGGCUACACUGGAGGACUGGAAACGCGAUUCCUUUUUGGAGCCAUGUGUCAAAAGCUGGCCACGUGAUAGGUGGGGAGAUAUGGACGAAGUGGACUCCCUGGUACAGCCUUUAUCAACUACAAAAUUUCUUUACAGUGACUCACCUACACGGUGUAACAGUUAUCAAAAAAUGAUUACUAAAAGUAGAGACCGAUCUUCAUCUUUUCUAAGAAAUAACCUACCUCAUUUUCUUGAUUCUAUGCAACAGACGCCUUCUUCUGAUAGUUUCCUAAAUGUUCUAAAAGAUGUACAAGCGACACGACCUCAGAAAAUUUCUUAUUCUACAAAAGGACAAUGCGAACAGCUGGAAGCUCUUCAGUCAGUUUUGAAUAGCCUACAACAACAGCAGUUUCUACAGCUUCAAGUCAUUCGAGAACUCCAAGUUCAAAUAAGUGGUAAAAAGAUGCCCCGUGAAAGAAGCCCUGAAAGAAGCCUCACUGCAAUUCAGCAGUCCAAAGAACCUGUUAUCUCAGUUCCUCACAAUGAAACACCACCUCAGAACCAUGAGUUAGGCGUUUGUUUCGAACCACACACUCCAGCUGUUACUCACCAACGUCGUGACUUCGUGGUUUCCAAAGAACCAAACACACUAGAACUUCUGCAAAGACAUACUGAAGAAGCUCUUCAGAACACGAUGUCCGGAGGGCAUUUUUUCUAUAAAGGAACUGUUAUUGAAAAUGAUAUUAAAAGACUUGAAAGUGGAAAUGAAACCAGUGUAUCGGAAGAAGAAGGGAAAGUAUCCCAGAAAUCAACAUUAUCUCGACAUCAGUGUCGUUAUUGCAGGAAGAUAUUUGGAAGCGAUAGUGGACUACAGAUACAUAUACGAUCUCAUACUGGAGAACGGCCUUUUAAGUGUAACAUUUGUGGGAACCGCUUCUCGACCAAAGGUAAUUUGAAAGUUCAUUUUCAGCGGCAUAAAUUUAAAUACCCAGAUAUUGAGAUGAAUCCCAACCCAGUUCCCGAACACCUGGACAAGGUGUUUCCAUCUCUAGAGCCUCGGAUAUCUUUAACAGAGUCCAUGCAACGCACCAAGAAUGAUGGCUGA